UUCUGGAAAAUCGCUGGUAAUGCUGAACCGUCCGGUUCCACUUUCCCGUUGGAAGAACCGAGUCCUUGAUGGGAGAAAAGCCCAAGUCAGGUAUUUAAAUGCGGUGAAUGCUAACGCUGAGCAGGAACAUUUUAGGAAACCACAAAGUAUUCAACAUGAAGAUCAUAUUAUUCGCUAUUGUCGUUGGGACGUGUUGUUCAGAUGCUUGGUCAAGCCUUGUUGUACCUGCUGCGCCGGCCUUGCUCGCUACGGGCGUAUCUCAGCAGUUCAAAAACGAUGACGGCAUUGGGAACUAUAAUUUCGGAUAUGACGAAGCUCAUGGUACCGGAAGUUCUUUCAGAAGGGAAAGUGGCAAUGCCUUAGGGAUCAAAACUGGUUCAUAUGGUCUUCGAGAAGCAGACGGCCGGGUACGUGUCGUUAACUACGUCGCUGAUGGUGCAGGAUUUCGGGCUUCAGUAGCCACAAACGAACCAGGGACCUCUCCUUCGCUUCCUGCAGGUGCGCUCAUUGUUAAACCAGUUGUUCGUGCUACUGCUUCCGCGCCGGUCGCCAAGGUGGCUCUACUAAAUGGACAUCCUGUUGCUGAGCCCGUUAUCCAUACUCAUACGGCAAUUGCCCCUGCCUACAACAUUGUGAACUCCUAUCCGGGCUUCUACUAUUAAGCUAGUUCAAGACCCUGAUGAGUCGCAAUACCGCGCUUUGUAUAUUUGCACAUACGUUAUGCUUCGACUACUAUAAAUUAGAGAAGACCGCCAAUAAAAGCUAUACACGUAU